AUGGCAGAAGCACGAAAUGCUCAGAAAGAUGAAGACGACAAACCUCCUUAUCCAACGUUCAUGGAGCGGUGGAUCGAGAACAGCAGAGCUCCAAGAUUUGCGGCAGCCUUCGGACGUUUGAUAUGGCCAAUCCAAGGCGAGUUCCCGUCCACCAUUUCAGUAAUGGCAGAGCCUCACCAAGACACUGGCACUCUGCAACCGCUCUUCGAUUCAGAGACUGGAGAAUGGCAUAAAAUUGCUUCGCAAUCAAUCACGGACUCAAAAGUCUCAUACAUCGAAGCAUCUGUCGUGAACCUGGACAACUGGGACCGUAGGUGGGAGCGGUUGCAUAUGGAACAUGCUGAUCCAGCAUACGACGAGUGCAAGUUUGUCACCUAUGGCGAUCUUGACAAUGGCAUUCGUCCUUUUGCAGAAGAUCCCGAACGAGAGGAUGGCACCUGGAGUUGGGAUGAGCGCUCAGACACAGAGAUCCUUGUCCACUGCUGCGACGAGGACCGCCCACUGGAUAAACAAUACCUCACGCUCAAAGUCCGCCCUUCGCUUGGAAACGAUUUUGUUACGGUCAAGGACUACGUCGGUGCGGUACAUUCCUGGCUUAUGAGCAUGCAGGAUGAUAUCCUUGCAGCAAUGCAGAUAGUUGAAGUUUUGUUGGAAGAGCCUGAAUACUCGCCAACCGCCAAGUGGAUGCUGAGCAAUUCUGAGUAUGACGCCCCAAGGCAUCGAAUCAUACAUCCCAAAGAAUGGGAAUCCAGAAACCGGCCACCGAGUCAGAUUAAAUGGUAA